AUGGAGAUACCUCUUGGAUUGAGGGAAAGCCCGGCAACAACGCCAAAUUUCAAUCCAGGACGACUUGGUACUUAUACGCUGCGUAAACAGUCACCAGUCGGUGAAUGUGCGUCGGGUGAUCCGAUGCCCAAAAGCUUGGUCCCCUAUCGAAAAUCGCAGUCCCCUUUGUUGGAAAGUAGUUAUUCCUCCAGCUGGGAAUCGGAAGUAAACCAACAUGUCAAGCCUCAAUACGAGGAAGUUUACCAGAAUCCCGCAAAAUUCAGGUCAUUGAAAGAUGCGGAAUUUCUAAAGAAAUUAGCCAAAGACGCAGCCAAAUCUGUGGAUUCAGCUGUUGAGCGCUCGGAAAAAACUAUAAGGGAAGACGCAGUGUUCAGAAUAGUUCCUGACACGGAUUUUUUGAUUAAACAAUUUCGCAAGGAGUGGGUUGCAAAACUUCCUCCUGAAAAGCAAGAAGAUCCCACCCUUUUAAAGGAAAUCGAUCAAGUCCAACAAAAAUUGAAGCCGAUACUCGAAGCAUCCAAAUCCAGAUUUGAAACUGAAAGGCAGAUCAAGCUUAUUACGAAGCAAUGGACAACGUUCCAAAGUGACCUAGAUAAGGCUCUGCACAAUGCUUUGCAUUCAUACGUUGAGGAGGAGACAAGUAACGCCGUGCUAUCAAAACUUCAAAAUCAUUUCAGUAAUUGGAACUCCAGAAGCAUAAACACCCAAGCUAAAAAAAUAGCAAAGGAAUUUGUCAAUGAACUAGGGUCGGUUCAUGUCGAAAGAAUAUAUGCAAAGAUGUUGGAUAAAAAACCAAGGAUUAUUCAGAUUAAUAAGAAGUGGCAAUUAAAAAAAUACUUGGUUAAACAAUUAACCUCGGCCCCUCAUACGUCGGAUGAAGAAUUUCAGUUUAUCUUGGCGCAGUUGACUAAAGAUGCGCGGUCGUGGUCCAGUCACAAGACCGAUUUACAAUUGUUGAAGAAGACUCCCACUGGGAUCGCUAGGAGGAUCACAAUCAAUCCUGAAAAGAUAUUGGAAUACAAGCUGCGCUUCCAGAUAACCCAGAUAGCCAAACAGUUCUUUCGAGAUAUAGAAGACCUCGUGCCUGCCGAACUAAGACUCAUUUCGGAGCGUGUUACUAACAAUAAGGAAAUCAUGGCGGCUGCUUACAAAUCCAAAGUUGACGAGCUCAUUCACAUGGAAAAUAAAGACUUCCAAGUUCAGUUAUUCAUAAAAUAUUUUGAUGUUGACAAAUCUGCGCAGGAAAUGUACGAUGUGAUGAAUGACCUGGCAAGAGAGUGGAAUGUAGAUUUCGAAGGUUUUCGAAGGCAAUUCAAAGAUAGGCUCCCCCGGGGUGAAUACAACGACCUGGUAGACGCGGCAUCCAGAUCAAAAUCAGAAUACUCUAGAUUACUCGAAUACAUCAAGACACAACACGGGAUUGCUCUUUUGGAGAAGUUGGAAGAAGAGCACUUUGGAAGAAAUGGCCAAUAUGCAAGCUUCAAAGACUCGAUAAAACAUUUUUUGGUUCGAUUGAAAGAGAACAAUUUGGUUAACGAAAGGCAAUAUAGAGAAUUAGAUGCAAAGGUCACUAAAUCAGACAAAGAACCUCUCACCUUACUGGAUAGUCUACAGCAAGAGCUGGGAUUUCCAAUCAAGUUGUACAAGGAAUUGCAGGUUGAAUCCAUUCCACAGUCAAAGCCCUCCUUGAUCCAUUCCUCAAUCAAUGAAUUCUUAGAGAAGUUAAGAAAUGUGGGACUACUUACAAAAGAAGAGCGCAAUUACUUUUACCAUCCAGAUAACCUAAAGAAUCCAUCUUCAAGAUAUCCAAUUAGAUCUUUCAGGAAUAAAGUAGAGACACUUCAAGAUCUUCCAAGACUAUUUGAAGAGCGACUGCGCUCUCAUACCCAUGAACUACUUCCACACAUAUGGAAAGAUGAAACAUUCAAAUCUCAGACAUUAUCAUAUUACCAAGAAAGGGUGAUUUCAAAGCACAAACAAGACAUAGAGAAUCAUUUGAAGAAAGGAGAAUAUGCACUGGCUUUCAAAGAAUUGGAACCCAACUCAAUUAAGAAUGCAGCAGUAGAUUACACCUCUGAUGCAUAUUGGGCUUCAAAAUUGUGGGAUGAUUACUUCUCAAGGGAAUUGCCUGCUAUGACUUCAACACUGGAUACACUAAAGGAGAUGAAGAAUUUACGGCAAAUCCCAGAUGAAAAAUUGGCAAAACCAAAGGAAUUGAGGGACAAAGUUCUGGAAAUGUUUCUUGGACAUGUGGAAAAUCCAAAUUCAAAGAACUUGGGGAUACCAUGGGUCAAUGAUGAUACACUGAAGCUUCCUGAAACAGAAGCAGAGAUAGAAAAACUUAUCAAUCAAAAGAACUUCAUCUUAAUGGUGAAUCCUCUCCAGAAGGAUGACCCAAGAUUAAAAGAUACUCCCUUGAGGUACUUGAAAAAGGGAAUGAUUGAUGAAUGGAACCAUUCAGUUCAAUACAUGUUCAAUAAUUGGAAUGAACUUUACAAACUUAUGUCUGAAAAGACCAAAAGGGCCAACAAGAUGAAAAGGUAUCUUCAAGGGCUUGAGAAUUACCAUGAGGUAAUUCAAGAGAUCUUUGAUAGUAUAAAUGGCCAGUUUUCUCUCAUUGAGAAGCACAAGCUGUAUAGAUUUAAUAUGCUACCUGAUGACCCUCGCAAUCUAAUGUAG